UUCAUUUAAAGUUUCUGAAAGGCAGCAGUGAGCUCCUGGAGGGUGAGUUACCUGCUCUGCACAGGGAGGCUGAGGCCAAGGCUUGUGGUGGAUCUGCUGCCACCAAGUGGUGAGGGCAGGAGCCUGGGAGAGUCUCAGUGUUUCUGGGCUUCAGGUUCCUCAUCGGUAAGGAGCCUGAGCUGAGUCUACACACUGGAAUCCCAGAGCUGAGGGAACAGGUGGAAGAAAGAAAGUCAGCAGGUUUAGGGGAUGAGAAUAAUCCACAAAGGACAAGGCAUUGGACAUCACUGCCAACUUCAGGGAAGUGGGAACACAGCUGCCCGCUUUACAGUAUGGGUUACUUUUGUGCCUGGAAUGUGUCUGACGUCCUGAGACCUGUACCCAUUUCAGGGAGCCUUGGGAGGAGCCUGAAUCACGGAUGGAAUUGGACAGUACAUGGAGAUGGUUGAGCAGGAUGAGGUCCCUGGCUCUCCCUGUGGUGCCCCAAAUGUCACCAUCGUGGGGGCAUCCUGCAGGACGUGUUCUGGGAAGACGACAGAGGCGAACUUUCCAAAUACCAUGGAGAAUUCCUACUCCCAGCAGGAAGAGACCAAACCGAAUAUCAGAGCCAGCAAAAAUAGACUUCUUAUGAGCCAGGUGGCCUACUUCCUGAACUACCAGCUGAAGACAUACAGAGAUCAAAAUGAUCAGAAUGAAGAACAGAAAUGCAGAGACAGCAAAAAUAAACUUCUUACGAGUCAAGUGGCCUACUACCUGGGCUGCCGGCUGAAGACAGAAAAAAACAACAAAGAUGAGGAUGAAGAUAUUCAUGUUGUGGAGGCUGAGAAAAUACAGGAAUCACGUGCCCCCAGGAAUCUGCAGGAGUCUGUGGAGGAGGAAGCCCCCCAGGAGUCCUGGGAUGAAGGCUAUUCAACUUCUCUCAAUUCCUCCUGGCACAUCUGCCUUCAAUGAGUCUUACAGGAGCAACUUGCAGUCAUUAGAGGAGCAGCAAGUCAACUUGGCUGUCGACAUAGGCAAGAUUAAAAAGGACCAAGAAGAGGAAGAAGACCGAGGUCCACUGUUCCCCAGGUAACUUUGAGCAAUUGUGAACAGCUAAUGUUGUGU